UCUAAGAAACUAUGUAACAUUUUUAAUUUUAUGAGAGUUGUAUGUUAACGGUUUAAUCCUAAAAUUAACGCUUAAUUUAAAAAUUAGUUAAACUUAAAUCAUACUCUACACCUUUUUGCUUAAAAUUACUUUAGACAUAUUACCUUUCACUUUCAGCAUCCUGUUUCUUACGAGUUCCACUUCCAGACUUUCUUAUAGGAUUUAUUCAAAGCUUAAUCAUUUGAUAGUUAUACGUAAUUAAUGGAUAUAUCAUAUGUAAAGUAUGUACUAUUUUGUAAAUACAAAAUUAGGAAAAAACGACCUUUAUAUUCCAGAUAAUUAUAAAAUAACUUUUUAUUUUAACCAACGUUUUGCCUUUGCAGCUUCUUCAGAGUUAGUACAUGCAACUGUUUGAUAUUAGAAUAUUUGUUAAACUAAAAACUGCUUGUAAUGUUAUAUUGUUCGAGUUAAGCUUUGUAAUGAAAAGUUAAAAUAACAUGGGAGGCUGAAAAUGUUAUUUCAGUUAGCUUCAUCAUUCUUUCCUGGCACCUUUAUAGUGUUGAAAACCCAAAGUGUCUUCUGGAAUUGCAAAACUAUGGUAAAAUUAAGCAAUGAAUCCUGAAGCAAAUAUGUCAUUAUCACAAGUGGCUGUCAUGAAUAAGGGUUUCAAGGGAAAUCAGUAUCAACAACCUACAGAAUUUCAGUGUCCUGUAUGCAAGAAAUACUUCAGCAGGAAAUGUACGCUUCAGAUGCAUCUUCUAAUUCAUCAAGAUGUCAAACCACACAUUUGCCCUUUUUGUGGACAAAGCUUUCGUCAGAAGGGAACGCUGAUGAGACACAAAGCAUUACAUAGUAAAACAGCACUUUUUCACUGUGAGCUGUGUAACAAAAAUUACAGACAGAAAAAUGUAUUUCUUCAUCAUUUACGACAUCGGCACAAUGUUGCUACUGAUAGUUUGGAUAGGAGGAGGGAUACCACUCGGCUAGCAGAUAACCAGAGUCUUCUGAAACAGUUGCCCUCCUUUGCUAAGGCUGAUGAUCGUGUGAUCAACAUGUCUGAUAAAACAUUUGAAAACUUGCUUUUGAACUCUUUAGGAACAGAAUCUGUAAAUACAAUGAGACAAAAAUAUAAGAUCUCUUCUAGUUUUCCUAGUUCUACAACAGACCAGUCUUUAAUUGUUGAGCUAACAGGAGUACAAGGUAAUAAAAUGGAAUGGGUUAAUCAUUCUGAAAAUCAGAAUCCUCUUCAUCCUUAUUAUAGCAAUGAUAAUGGUGUCAGUUAUGGUGAAUGUAAGAGAGAUACUUGUGAAAUACCAAAGGUGGAUGUUGCAAUUAGGUGGCAGUGUCAGUAUUGUUCCUUUGAUAUUAGAUUUGACCAUCAGGCUUGCUGGGACCACCUCUCUAUACACCGGAAUGACCGACCUUAUGACUGUUACAGGUGUUUGCAGUUAUUUAGGAAUGAGAAGGAUUGCAAAAGUCACAUGUUAAAUCAUCAUUCAUUACUGAUGAACCAAAUAGAUUCUAAAUUAAGAGCUGACAAAGAACUAGUUUGUGAAGAAUCAGCAAAUUCAGAGCUGUUGAUCUCAGAUGUGGAAUCUGACAUCUCUGUUCAAUCGGGUGUUGUAACUGAGCUCGAAAAAGCAGAUGUUCGACACUCAGAAGUUUCUGAUUCUCUUUAUCUGCAAGACAUGACAUAUACAUGUAUUCCCUGUCAGUUAGAUUUUUCAUGUGAAGAUGAGUUUGAAGUACAUGUAAAAUCUCAUGUUCAGAGCAUUUUGGUCACUGAUGAUGAUGAAUCAGAAAAAAGUUUUGUCAUUCCUGGCAUAUAUGGGAAAUCAGAUCAGCUUUCUCAUGGUUCGGCUCCAAGUUCUGAAAUAUGUUCUGUUAAAUCAUGUGAUUCUGCUACAACUUCCCAAGCUUCUUGUUCACUAUAUUCUCCAAAUUACGAUAGACACGAAAAAGAAAGAGAAGAAUCAGGCUGGUACGAGCAGAAAAAGUCAUUCCUAUGUGAGAAAGAAGGAAAAAAUAUGAAUUUUAAUAAUUGUUUAGGAAUGAGUGAAAAAUUAAAUGUUGCAGAUCCUAAAAAACAAUCUGAGAGAGACAUUUCACAAAGAAACACUAUCAAUGGAGAGACCUGUGAAAGAAAUAAUAAUAACAGUAUGAGAAAUAGUUGCAGAACUAUAGUGAAAACUGUCAUGGCAUUUUUUUGUCCAUACUGUGAUCUUUAUUUUGAUAAGAAAACUAGUUUACAGAAACAUGUUGAUAAGCAUGUGCGACUUUUGGCAGUACAAAUAAUAAAUGGUGUAGCUGUCAACAGAAAGGAAAAGAUUUCCUUUGGAAAAAAUGUAAAAAGGUCCUGUUUGGUUGUCAAGGAAGGAUCAUGUAAGAGAAAUUGCAGUAAGCCACUUGAGAUGUCAGUAUUGCAAAAUAAAGUUAGCUUUAGCAUAGACUCUAAUUGUUCCAAUCAGAAGCAGUUUGUGUGUCAAAAGUGUGGGGAAAAAUUUCAAAAGAAAAAUAAUUAUUUGUAUCAUAAACAAUUGCAUUUUAGAAAAAGAUCAUUUUCCUCUUUUUGUAAAUCUCAAAAAUUUAUAAAAAACAAACAUUUAAAACACACAAGAAACAGACACGUAAAACAGUAUCAGUGUUCGAAAUGCAUGAAAACAUUUUUCUGUUAUAAAAUUAUGAAGCUUCAUCAUAACCAAUGUUUAAACAACUGCCUUGGAAGUUGUUUGGAGAAGUAUGUAGAAAAUCUUUCUCUUCCCGUAGCAGAUCUGACAAAAAAAAAUGAUAAUGUGUCACCUGAUGUAAUUGGUAUAAUCCCUGUUGGUGCCUUGCAGUGUUCUUCUCACACAUUUUCUGAAAAUUUCAAUGCAAAUAACAGGGUAAUUGGAAUUCCUGUUAUUUCUCUUCAGUCUCUACCAGAGCUGGGUUCUCUUCCAUUCAUUGGGAAAAUUUCAUUAAAAAAUCCAACAGCAAAAUAGGAAUGUACUGAGUUUUGUGUUGGCUCUGUUAAUAUAUAUAUAUAUAUAUAUACAAGUCACUAGCUAGUGGAAUAACUUGUAUGAAUUAUGUUGUUUCAGAAUAACCAAACAUCAACUUAUAGCACAACUUAUAUGGCUUCUAAUGUCUUUUGGUUCCUGUGUAGAUUAAUUAUUAGUUGUAUAUUUAUCUUUUGUACAUUUACAGUAUUGAGAUUGUUUGUAGUGUGUUCUUAAUGUUUUGUGUUACAAGUAUGUAUGUUGUUUUUGAAGUUUGACCAUUAGUGUCAAAAAUAAACCCAGAAUAGUAUGGCUUGAUUUUGAAUUUGA